GGGAGGCGGCGUGGCGGUGCCGUGGUAACCGCGGUAAACGGAGGCGUUGAGGCCCAAGCUGUGAGUAGGAGGGAGCGGCGGCGGUCUGUGCCUUGGAGGAAAUGAAGGAACCAGAUGAUCAGGAUACUGAUGGGGAGAAAUCAGAUAGAUCAAAGAGUGGUACGAGGCAGUCUCAGAGGUCUUCUAAAUAUGAAUUAAGAUCUCCUAUGAAAGACGAUACCACAGAUGAAACAUUUACUGAAGAAGAUUCAUAUUUAGAGGAAGAAGACACAGAUUUGGAAGGUUUGGAAGGAAGUUCAAUUUCAUUUCAAUAUGAUGAUUUGGAAAUUACUAGAUUAUCUCAGGAAACCCCUGCCCCAGCUGCAGAAGAAGCAGAAGAGGAAGUUAAGAAGAAAAUAUCAGAGAGCUUCUACUAUGAUUAUAUGGAGCUUGCUUCAAUGCCUUUUGUGACUCCAGAUUCGAACAUACCACUGGAUCUUCUCACACUCGUGCAUUCUUUUGGCUAUGACUGCAGAAAGCGGGCCAACCUACAACUUAUGGACAGCAAUAUUGCACUGUACAUAGCUGGGAACCAACUGAUCCUUCUGAAUUUGAAAACCAAGGAACAGAUCUACCUGCAAAGUAGCAGUGGUGAAGGAAUUGGUGUCAUUGGGGUUCAUCCAUAUAAAACUCACUUCACAGUAGCUGAAAAAGGAAGUUUUCCAGAUAUUAUCAUCUAUGAAUAUCCUUCUCUGAGGCCCUACAGAAUCCUUCGAGAUGGGACUGAGAAGGCAUAUGCUUACGUGGACUUCAACAACAACGGUACCUUGCUGGCCUCUGUUGGUAGUAACCCGGAUUACACACUGACCAUCUGGAACUGGAAAGAAGAGCAACCCAUACUGAGGACAAAAGCUUUUUCGCAGGAAGUUUUUAAGGUUACUUUCAACCCUGAAGACGAAGAACAGCUUACUACAUCGGGAUCAGGCCACAUCAAGUUCUGGGAAAUGGCUUUUACAUUCACUGGUCUCAAGCUGCAGGGAUCACUAGGACGAUUUGGCAAAACAGCCACUACUGAUAUAGAGGGCUACAUGGAGCUCCCGGAUGGGAAGGUGCUCUCAGGAUCGGAAUGGGGCAACAUGCUGCUCUGGGAAGGUAGUCUCAUCAAAGUGGAGCUCUGUCGAGCUGGGAACAAGUCUUGUCACCAUGGUCCCAUCAACCAGAUAAUGCUGGAUGAGGGUGAAGUUAUUACUGUUGGGUCAGAUGGAUGUGUUAGGAUAUGGGAUUUCGAGACAAUAGACACUGCUGAUGUUAUAGAUGAGACUGGAUUGUUACAGAUCGAGCCUAUUAAUGAACUUCAAGUAGGCAAGAAUGUCAACCUCUUCUCUAUGGAAAAAAUGAAUGAAACUGGAAGUAACUUUUGGUUGGCUCAGGAUGCCAAUGGAGCCAUAUGGAAGCUUGACCUUAGUUUUUCAAAUAUUACCCAGGAUCCAGAAUGCCUCUUCUCCUUCCAUUCUGGAGCUAUCCAAGAUUUAGCUGUUUCUCCUAUCACUUAUCUCAUGGCCACAACUGCCUUGGACUGCUCUGUUCGAAUUUAUGAUUUUGCUGGCAAAACUCCUUUGGCUCAGAUGAAAUUCAAACAAGGAGGUACUGCCCUUGCUUGGGUACCCCAAAUGGUAAGCUACAAUGGAGCACAAAUUAGUGUAGGAUUUGAAGAUGGAGUUGUUCGAAUUCUUGAAAUUUAUGACCCAAAAGGGCUCACGAUUUUUGCAGGACGGAAGAAAAUUUUGGAUGCGGAUCUUCGCUUGAAACAUGUUUUCAAACCCCAUACUGCUUCUGUCACUGCUUUAGCUUAUGAACAUGAUGGGGAAAUUCUAGCCACAGGGAGUAAGGAUCACACUGUAUUCUUCUUUGAAGUGGAAAGGAACUAUAAGCCAAUUGGUUAUAUUAAUACUCCUGGACCCGUUCGCCAGUUAACGUGGUCUGGAAUCUCUCAUCCUGAAAGCACUUUACUUAUUAUCUGUGAGAAUGGCUAUAUUCUUGAAGCUCCACUUCCCACUAUAAAGGAAGAGGAUGAUGACAAAGUAGUCUCCUAUGAAAUCAAAGACAUGUGCAUAAAAUGUUUCCAUUUCUCAAGUAUCAAAUCUAACAUUCUGAGAUUAAUAGAAAUUGAAAAGAGAGAGCAACAAAAGAAGUUAAAGGAGAAGGAAAGGGAGGAAAGGAGGAGGAAGGCAGCAGAAGAGAUGGGAGAAGACGGAGAAAAAGAAUUCCAGGAGGAGGAGGCGGCAGCGGAGGAAGAGGAGGAGGAGCCAUUGCCGGCAAUCUUUAUUCCACCAACCCCCUCUCCCAUCCUCUGUGGGUUUUACUCUGAGCCAGGGAAGUUCUGGGUUUCUUUGGGUGGUUAUGAUUCUGGUUUUCUAUAUCACUGUGAAUUCCCCCCUUAUGACAAGAGUAGCAAUUUCAAAGAACAGAAAGAUGAACCUUUUGAUUUCCAUUUUCUUGAGGAUACAGAGAAUAAUCCUGUCCAAACUAUCACUUUCAGCGUUAACCAAACUAUGAUGUUUUGUGGAAUGAGAAAUGGAGCAAUUCGAGUCUAUCUCUUAAGUGAGAAUGAUCCUUCACUGACCACUUUGGAGGACUACUGGCACUUCAAUGUGCAUGACAAUAAUUAUGGAUGUAUUAAAAGCAUCGCUACUAGCUUUGAUGACCGUUUCUUGAUGACUGCUGGAACAGAUAGUAAUAUCUUUGUUUUCAAUAUUUUUUCUGAAUAUAUGUUAAGGAAAGACAUGAAGGCCAAAGUGCCAUCUUCCAGGUUUGGAAUGGACGCAGAGCCAAUUCCAAAAGAUAUUGAAGAUCCCAAAGCCUACAGUAUUGAGAAUGCCAGGAGAAAAAGAGAACAUGACAAGUUAAUGAAAGAAGUGGAAGAAAUAAAGGCUGGGAAGAGAGAACAACUCAAAGCUUUGAGGAAUGAAUUUAGGAAACUAUUAGAAAUGAAUAAAGAAUUACCACAGCAUAUGCAGUUUAAACGGACAGAUUUUGAUCUAGAUUCCAAAAUUCGUGCUGAGAUUGACAGAAAAACAGCUUACAAACUUCAACAAGUGAGAAAGGAAUUAGCUUGGGAAAAAGAGAAACAUGAACUUGGCCUAAAGAAGCUACAGAAUAGAUUCCGUGAUCCAUUGGAAAGUGAUGCUGUUGUAGUUCAUGCCAUACAAAGUGACCACAAGAUAUCCUCCUAUAGGCUGGCACAGCCCUCUAGGUACUCCAAAUUCAAAAGACCAAGUCAAACAGAGAGAAGACCAAGCAAACUGGAGAGGUUUGAAAAAGAGGGAGCUGGAAGAAAGGAUAGCCAGAAAGAAACAGGUGGGAGUGUUAGCAUACAAGAAGAAUCAAUAAUAGAAAAAGGGAAGAAAUUUCGGCCUAAAACCUUAAGUGAAAUUAUGGUGGGUAAUCAAAUCGCGAAAACAAGGAAACUUAUAUUAAAAGCUGAAAAGGCCCAACUUAAGAUUCAACAGCGAAAAAAAGAAUGGGAGGAACUAUACAAAAGUAAACCUGAUGAUGACUUUGAAGAUCCCAAAGAUCUUCAAGCCAUCAAAGAAGCCCAGCUGUACAUGGGAGAUUUCAAUCUGAAGACAGCACCAGACUACAGGAUACCUGAGCACAUGAGAAUAAAUGCUGCCAAGAAGGAAGAGGAACUAGGAUACCUAGACACUCUGGCCCAUGGAAAGAAACGUCACAUGAAUAAGUGCAUCCUCUCUCUUCGAGACCUUAAAGUGGCUGUCAUCGAGGAAAUUCAGUGCCUGGUACAAGAACUGAAGAGCAUUCAGUCAACUCUUCACAGAUCCAAGCACAUCCCCAUUCCCCAAAUCCCUCAGAUAUAUCCGGACGAAGUUCCAGAGAAGAGAUUUCAGUAUAAUGAGGAAACUCUCCUAAAUUUUAAGCAAGAGCAGAUGAAAAAGGAGGAUGAAAAGCCCCCCCAAGUAGAACAGUCAGGAUCUGGAGGCUCAGGUGGAGGAUUUCUCAGACUUUCUUCUGAAAAGGAUGGGGAUUUGACGACACGAGACUCAUUAUCUAGAUCAUCAAAGCCAUCAGGAUUCAGUCUGGAUAUUCCAAAGUUUCUGGAAUUUGAAAAAGCAGAGCCAACUGAUGUGGAGCUGGAGAUUAUGAAGAGGGAUGAGAUUAAACACGUGUACAUGCAACAGUAUUUGGUCAACAGGAUCAAAGAACUGAUUGUCACUUUUGAUGCAGAACUCCGUGUCCUGAGACAUCAGAAGCUGAAACUAGAUAUUCAGAUAAAAUUAUCUGAUCUGCACCACGUCACGUUAUUUCAAGAAAUGCUUCUCCUCAAGAAUUUUGAAAAACAGGAGAACAUACUUCAAGAGCGUGUUAAUUCCUCAGACAAAGAGGAACAGUUCAUGCAAUGGAAAAUAAAUGAAACUCUUAAAGAGAUGGAAGAGAAAAAGAAUGAAAUCAGUAAGCUCCAGGACCAAGAAAAGGCACUAUAUGCUGGUUUUCAAGCAGCGAUUGGAGAAAACAAUAAAUUUGCUAACUUCCUCAUGAAGGUCCUAAAGAAGAAGAUUAAGCGGGUAAAGAAAAAGGAGGUUGAAGGAGAUGCCGAUGAAGAUGAGGAGAGUGAGGAAUCAAGUGAAGAAGAAUCCAGCCUGGAGAGUGAUGAGGAUGAGUCUGGAUCUGAAGAUGACGUUUUUGAUGAUUCUAUCUGCCCAACAAAUUGUGAUGUCGGUCUUUUUGAAAUGGCCCUUCAACUACGAGAGAAAAGGCUGGACAUUGAGGAGGCCUUAGUUGAAGAAAAGAAAAUUGUUGAUAACCUCAAAAAGGAAUACGAUACAUUGUCCAAAAAAGUAAAAAUCGUGGCGACUAAUCUGAAUGCAGCCGAGGAAGCCCUGGAGGCCUAUCAGCGAGAGAAGCAGCAGCGGCUGAAUGAACUGCUGGUUGUGAUACCGCUCAAGCUCCACCAGAUAGAGUAUGUGGUACUUGGAGAAAUACCUAGUGAUCUUUCUGGUACAUUGGUCUUCUCUAACCAGUCCUUGGGACGGCUGCAAGAACGAAUCGUACAGCUCCACGAGGAGAAUUCCAAGCAACAAAAACUUAACAAAGAAUGGCGGGAGAGACGUAAACGGCUUGCUCAAGAAAAGAGGGAGAUGACAAAAACUAUAAAUAAAAUGGAAGAAACGGUCCGUCAACUAAUGAUCAGCAAGUUUGGCCGAGUGAUAGACCUAGAAGCCCUUCAGACGCUUUCUGUUAAUACAACACUUGAAGAACUGAAGAUCAGAAAACUUCAAAAGGAGCUCUUGAAUGCAAAGGAAAUGAAGAUGUGGGAGGAAAAGAUUGCACGAGUACGAUGGGAACUAAUGAUGAAGACAAAAGAACACACCAAAAAGCUUCAUCAGAUGAAUGAUUUAUGUAUUGAAAAGAAGAAACUUGAUUCUCGGUUGAAUACACUACAGAACCAGCAGGGCAAUGCCUUCCAGGGCCUUCGGAAAGCAGAUAUCUUGGCAAAGGAGAAGGUCACUGAAUUGAUCCAAGUGCAGACAGAAAAGAUUUCAGCCUUAAAGGAGGAGAUUGCUCUUCUGCGUAAGAAAGGUGGCUUUAUCCUCCCACCCAUUCGGUCCUCACAAGAGAAUGAGAUGGAGCCCACGGAACUUUGAGUUUGCUGUUUUUUUUCAAACCCAUCCAAGAUUUCCGAUAGAAUUCAGAGAAGUUCUGUUUCCUUGUCACCUGCAACAAUCCUAUUUUUUUACGGUGAACUUACCCUAAAAGUCUAAAAACACAUCCAGUCAUGUGGUUUUAAUAAUUUCUCUCCAAUUUAGUUAUCUUAGAACUGAAUGAAGCACUCAACAUCUAAUUAUUAUAGAACUGAACCAUUUUAGAUGUUUAGGACCUACUACAUAUUAUAAAUUGAAUAUGAAGUCUUACAAAGCUGUAUCUCACAAUUGCAAGAAAGCAUCUGUAAUAUAUUUUGUUUUAGGAAAUUUUCAUUUUCAGGUAUUCUGAAUUUUUAGCCAUUGGCAAGAAAAACUAUCAUUCAAAACUCCAUGAGAAAACUUCCUUUUCUUGAUACUUGCAUCCUUAGAAUAUAAACAUUGAUGUUAUUUAGUAUGCCCUAAGAGAAAUGCAUAAAAGACAAAUUAUUUUGCCAACAAUAUUAUAGAAUAAGAAAUGCAAAUUCAAAUUUUGCCAUAGUUGACUUCAUAAAGCAGUUAUUUGAAGGGCUCAGGAUUCAGAAAAUGUAGACAGACUUGGCAGAGCGGUUUGCUUUUGGUUGGGAGAAAGGAAAAUAACCAGCUUCCUGAAUCACCCAUGGUUUUUGUAGACUUCUGAGUGGAGACUUCAGUUCUGAGUGGAGCAGAGGAGUAUCAUUGGCAAAAUGGUCAAU